AUGGAUAAUAACGAACGUCCACUUAAGGUGCUCGUUACAGGCGCAGCCGGCUUCCUGGGUUCCAAUUUAGUUGAUUUUCUCCUUCAAAAAGGCCACUCGGUGAUCGGGCUAGACAAUUUCCAAAGUGGCUCAUCCAGAAACUUGAAACACUUGGACAAUCACCCUCGAUUCGAAUUCCUUAAAUCACUGAUGCACUAUGACGAACUCAGUCAUAGUAUCUAUUCUCCCAUUCCAGAUAUAGAAGGACUGGAUCAAAUCUACAAUUUAGCUUGUCCAGCAAGCCCAGUUCACUAUCAGAAAGAUCCAAUUUCGACUCUAGACACCUGCUACCUUGGAACACGGAACCUGCUAGAGCUUGCAAGAUCGAAAAAGAUUCGAAUCCUUCAAACGAGUACUUCAGAAGUCUACGGCGACCCAUCUGUCCACCCCCAACCAGAGAAUUACUGGGGCAACGUGAAUCCAUUCGGUCCCCGAUCCUGCUAUGACGAAGGCAAACGCGUGGCCGAAGCUCUCUGCUACGCAUACCGCGAGCAACAUAGCGUUGACAUCCGCAUAGCGCGGAUCUUCAACACGUAUGGACCACGCAUGGGCGCCAAUGACGGACGAGUAGUUUCAAGCUUCAUUGCAUCGGCAUUAGCUGGAGAGAAUCUCAAGAUUACCGGAGAUGGAAUGGCGACACGCUCCUUCCAGUUUGUCACGGAUUGCAUGGAGGGACUUUAUGCUCUGAUGAAUAGUGACUAUAGUAAAGGGCCGGUGAAUAUUGGGAAUGAUGGAGAGUUUACUAUCGAGAGGCUUGCCGAGCUUGUUAUCGAUCUUGUUUCCCGCAUGACAAGUCAACCGCGUGUGUCGAUCUCACAUCUUCCGUCCCCUUUGGAUGAUCCGGCCGUUCGUCGGCCGGAUAUUGCUUUGGUGAGAGAGGUUUUAUGUUGGAGACCUGUGGUUCAGCUGGAAGAGGGGCUGGAGAGGACUAUUCAGUGGCAUAUUAAUGAAAAUCUGUCUGACUAG